CUACUUUUGCAUUUACUUGAAGUUUAAUAAGGAAAAAAAAAUAUGUGGAGAUUGAAGAUAGCUGAAGGAGGAAAUGAUCCGUACCUUUACACCACAAACAACUUUGUCGGAAGGCAAAUAUGGGAGUUCGAUUCAAAUCAUGGAAACCCAGAAGAGCUAGCCGAGGUUGAACAAGCUCGGACCCAUUACUGGAACCACCGGCACCAAGUUAAGCCCAGCAGUGAUCUCCUUUGGCGCAUGCAGUUUCUAAAAGAGAAACAAUUCAAACAGACGAUACCCCAAGUCAAAAUUGAGGAUUCUGAAGAAAUCUCAUAUGAAAAGGCUACAACCGCCUUGCGGAGGUCUGUCAAUUUCUUUGCAGCCUUGCAGGCCAGUGAUGGUCAUUGGCCUGCUGAAAACGCUGGGCCCAUGUAUUUCAUGCAACCCUUGGUCAUGUGUUUGUAUAUCACUGGCCACCUUGACACUGUUUUCCCAGCAGAAUACAGAAAAGAAAUUCUACGCUAUUUAUAUUGUCAUCAGAAUGAAGAUGGUGGAUGGGGGUUUCACAUAGAGGGACAUAGCACGAUGUUUGGGACAACUUUAAGUUACAUUUGCAUGCGGCUUUUGGGUGAAGGUCUGGAUGGUGGUCUGAAUGGUGCAUGCACCAAAGCCCGCAAAUGGAUCUUGGAUCAUGGCACUGUCACCACUAUCCCAUCAUGGGGCAAAACAUGGCUUUCUAUACUUGGUGUGUGCGAGUGGGCAGGAACCAAUCCAAUGCCCCCGGAGUUCUGGCUCCUUCCUUCUUUACUUCCUAUGUAUCCAGCAAAAAUGUGGUGUUAUUGUCGGCUGGUAUACAUGCCAAUGUCGUACCUAUACGGAAAAAGAUUUGUGGGUCCUAUUACUCCUUUGAUUUUACAACUUAGAGAUGAACUUUAUGCACAACCUUACAAUGAGAUCAACUGGAAGAGCAUACGGCAUUUGUGUGCAAAGGAAGAUUUAUACUAUCCUCAUCCAUUACUACAAGAUUUAAUGUGGGAUAGUUUAUAUAUUUGCACUGAGCCUCUACUAAAUCGUUGGCCAUUUAAUAAAUUGCGCCAGAAAGCACUUGAUACAACAAUGAAGCAUAUCCAUUAUGAAGAUGAGAACAGUCGAUAUAUCACAAUUGGUUCGGUGGAAAAGGCACUGUGUAUGCUGGCAUGUUGGGUUGAAGAUCCAAAUGGAAUUUGUUUCAAAAAGCAUCUUGCUCGAAUCCCUGAUUAUAUUUGGGUUGCUGAAGAUGGAAUGAAAAUGCAGAGUUUUGGUAGCCAAGAGUGGGAUGCUGGUCUUGCCAUCCAAGCUUUGUUAGCUGCUGAUCUUACAGAAGAAAUUGGGCCUACCUUGAUGAAAGGACACGAAUUUAUAAAAGCUUCACAGGUUAAAGACAAUCCUUCUGGUGACUUUGAAAGCAUGCAUAGACAUAUUUCCAAAGGGUCAUGGACUUUUUCAGAUCAAGACCAUGGAUGGCAAGUUUCAGACUGUACUGCUGAUGGGUUAAAGUGUUGUCUAAUAUUCUCAACAAUGCCACCAGAAAUUGUUGGUGAAACAAUGAAACCUGAGCAACUAUAUGAUGCUGUCAACAUAAUACUUUCACUACAGAGCAAAAAUGGUGGGCUAGCGGCAUGGGAACCAGCAGGAUCAUCAGAAUGGUUGGAGAUUCUCAACCCUACAGAGUUCUUUGCUGACAUCGUCAUUGAGCACGAGUAUGUUGAGUGCACAUCAGCAGCUAUCCAAGCACUCGUUUUGUUUAAGAAGUUAUACCCUCAACAUAGAAGAAAAGAGAUAGAAAGUUUCCUUACAAGUGCAUGUGGAUACUUGGAGAAAAUACAGAUGCAAGAUGGCUCAUGGUAUGGAAACUGGGGCGUGUGUUUUACAUAUGGUACUUGGUUUGCUCUUGGAGGACUGACAGCUGUCGGUAAAACUUUUGAAAAUUGUUCAGCGAUUCGAAAAGCUGUCAAAUUUCUUCUGGAAAAGCAGAUGGACGAUGGUGGUUGGGGAGAAAGCUACAAAUCCUGCCCAGAAAAGAAAUACAUACCACUGGAAGGAGGCAGGUCGAACUUGGUACACACUGCAUGGGCUAUGAUGGGACUGAUUAAGUCUCGGCAGAUGGAGAGAGACCCGAAACCCUUGCAAAGAGCAGCUAAGUUGUUGAUCAAUUCCCAACUGGAAAAUGGUGAUUUUCCUCAACAGGAAAUAACUGGAGUCUUCAAUAGGAACUGCAUGCUGCACUAUGCACUAUACAGGAAUGUAUUCCCAAUAUGGGCGCUAGCUGAUUAUCGGAAGCAGCUUGAAGGCUUGUACUGCUGCUAGCUUUGCAAAUAAACCAUCCAAAAACAGGCUCUAUGAUGAAAAGCCCAUACGUGUUUCCAUUGUUUUAAAUCUCCCGUUGUCAAACUUGAUGAAGGAAUUUGUAGUUUUCAAUCUAAUAUUCAUCAAUUUUUAUAAUUCAUUUGGCUAUCUUCUUCCUA